UGGGUGAUAAUUGCCAGAGCUUUGGCAUUCUCACUGGGCGCCGGGCUUAUCAGCGGUAGCAGCGUGGUGAUGGGAAUACCUGAUAACCUGACAUACGUAGCUGCACCCAUGCAUCCAAUUAGCCAUGCAUUUGGAGCCAUGCAAACGAACAAGAAACUUAACAGAGAGACUUUAGUUAGCUUUCAGCAGUAUAAAAAAUAUAUAAAAAAAGGUGCGACAACAUGGCUGAGGAAAGUUUCAAUGCCCGAACUGAACAAAUACCAGCCGCAUUUCGAGAAGAUAAGUCUGCACAUCAAGGACCGAUUGCGGGCGACCAUGCAUGAGUAUCGAAACCACCCACAGCCAGGAUACAAUGUACUCUGCCAUGCGGAUUACCAUUCCCGCAACAUGAUGUUUAAGCACAAUAGGGAAACUGGAUGUUUGGAGGACUGCAUGCUGCUGGAUUAUCAGGGCUGCAAUGUGGCUCCAAUGGCCGUUGAUCUCAUGUACUCCAUUUACAUGUUGAUGGGGCCGGCACAGCGAAGAGACGAGCUGGAGACUUUGCUGAACUACUACCUAUCCGUCCUCCAAGAGACUCUCAAGAAGAUUGGCUACCAAGGAUCAAUGCCCACGCCCCAGGGAUUUUGGGCGGAAAUGAAACGCCAUAGAUAUUACGAGUUUCUACUGCUGAGCACUUUCUUGCCAGUUUCCAAUGGGUUGCGAAUUCACAAGUUUGAUGUAGCGGAUAUGCUGCACAACGAAGAAGCACGUCUGAAACUAUACCAACUGGAAGAUUUUGUAGAAGAGACCAAAUCUGUGUUGGCCAGAUUCGAGAAAUCGGGAUAUUUUGACGAUUUGUAAAGAAUUUUUGAAGGAGAAAUAAAUGAAGGAGAAAAAAAUGAAGUUUGAUA